AUGAUUCCAGGCACCAAAAAAAUUAAAAAUAUUUGUGUUUUUUGCGGAAGCAGAAAAGGUAACGACGAAAAAUAUGUUGAAGUUACUAAACAAUUAGCAAGCGAAAUGGGAAAAAGAGGAUAUGGUUUGGUUUAUGGUGGUGGAAAUAUUGGUAUUAUGGGUGCAGUUUCACAUGGCGUCCAAGAAGCUGGCGGUAAUGUUAAGGGUAUUAUCCCAAGAUCUUUAUCACCAAAAGAAAUUUCAGGUACCACCGUUGGUGAAGUCACUUAUGUAGAUAGCAUGCACACCAGAAAAGAAAUUAUGUAUAAUUCAUCAGAUGCAUUUAUUGCUUUACCUGGCGGUAUUGGCACAUUUGAGGAAUUAUUCGAAUGUAUGACAUGGGUUCAAUUAGGUAUUCAUUCAAAACCAGUUGGCAUUUUAAAUGUUAAUGGAUAUUACGAUCAUUUAGUUAGUUUAUUAAAAAAUAGUGUAGACUCUGGUUUUGUUGAUGGUCGUUUCAUUUCAUCUCUUAUUGUUGAAACUGAUCCAAUCGAACUAUUAAACAAGUUAGAAUCAAAUUCUUUAUACAAGAGCGAAAUUACUUGGUUAACCUCAUCACAAGCAUAA